GAUGCGUUAUAUGUUGUCUUGAUAAUCUCACAGCCUGUACCUCCAACUCAUUUCUUCAUUUUUUUAUUCUUUCUUUUCUUUAUCCUCUACUCUAACCCAACAACAACAACCAUCAAACGAACCUUCUUCUUCUUCUUUUUUUGACGGUUACUCCUUUCACACAAACAACUAACCAUUCAUUCAUCUCUCUCUUCUCUUCUGUGUAUUCUAUCUAUGUAUAUGUGACACACAGAAAGAGAGAAUAAUGAGAAGAAAACACAGAUCAAUGGAUCCAAUCUUCACCCUCUUACUAAUUCUACUCACUGGACCACAACUAGCUCGAGCAGAUCUAGAUUCCGAACGAGCUGCAUUACUGGCUCUCCGUUCCUCUGUCGGCGGCAGAACCCUUUUCUGGAACGCAACCAACCAGACUCCAUGCAACUGGGCCGGUGUCCAAUGCGACGACCACCGUGUCGUAGAGCUUCAUCUUCCCGGCGUAGCUCUUUCCGGACAAAUACCUACCGGCAUAUUCUCCAAUCUAACUCACCUCCGUACUCUCAGUCUUCGUUUCAAUGCUCUCACAGGUUCACUCCCUUCAGAUCUGGCUUCCUGUGUCAACCUCAGGAACCUUUAUCUUCAGCGAAACCUUCUCUCCGGCGAAAUCCCUCACUUUCUCUUUAACUUACCGGAUUUGGUUCGGCUCAACAUGGCCUUUAACAACUUCUCAGGUCCCAUUUCAACUUCAUUCAACAAUUUCACCAGACUCAAAACCCUCUACCUCGAAAACAACCACCUUUCAGGUUCUAUACCGGAACUCACUCGUUUAAGCCUCGACCAGUUCAAUGUCUCUAACAAUAUCUUAAACGGUUCUGUUCCCGAUAAGCUUCACACUUUCCCUCAAGAUUCCUUUUUGGGGAAUUCUCUAUGCGGUCCACCUCUUUCUCUUUGCCCCGGAACCGAGACAAAUGCUUCUUCUUUCACUGCCGACGGAGGUAACACUGGUAAGAAGAAGAACAAGUUGUCUGGAGGAGCCAUUGCUGGAAUUGUCAUUGGAUCUGUCGUGUUCCUUCUUUUGCUCGUUUUCCUUUUCAUCUUCCUGUGUAGGAACAAGAGUAGCAAGAAAACCAGUGCUGUUGAUGUUGCUACCGUGAAGCAUCCUGAGUCUGAUGUUCCUCGUGAUAAGUCUAUUUCCGACCUGGAGAAUGGCAAUGGAUAUGCUUCAGCUGCUACUGCUGCCGCGGCGGUGGUUGCAGUCAACAAGGUUGAAGCAAAUGGAAAUGGAAACACUGCUGGUGGAGCUAAGAAGUUGGUGUUUUUUGGGAGUGCGCCGAGGACUUUUGAUCUAGAGGAUCUGUUGAGGGCUUCUGCCGAGGUGUUGGGUAAAGGGACAUUUGGGACAGCGUACAAGGCGGUUUUGGAGUCAGGGCCGAUGGUGGCGGUGAAAAGGUUGAAGGAUGUGACAAUAAAUGAGAAGGAGUUCAGAGAGAAAAUUGAAGCGGUUGGAGCAGUAGAUCAUCAGAGUUUGGUGCCUUUAAGAGCUUACUAUUUCAGCAGGGAUGAGAAACUUCUUGUUUAUGAUUACAUGUCAAUGGGAAGCCUCUCUGCACUUUUGCAUGGAAACAAAGGAGCAGGUAGGACACCAUUGAAUUGGGAAAUGAGAUCAAGCAUUGCACUAGGAGCAGCCCAUGGCAUUGAGUUCCUUCAUUCACAAGGGCCUAAUGUUUCCCAUGGAAACAUAAAGUCAUCGAAUAUCCUCUUAACUAAAUCAUAUGAUGCAAAAGUGUCUGAUUUUGGGCUUGCUCAGCUUGUCGGACCAUCUUCCACCCCAAACCGUGUUGCUGGGUACCGUGCUCCAGAAGUAACUGAUCCUCGCAAAGUAUCUCAAAAGGCAGAUGUGUACAGUUUUGGCGUAUUGCUCUUAGAACUUCUAACCGGGAAGGCACCUACACACGCACUCCUAAAUGAAGAAGGGGUAGACCUCCCAAGAUGGGUUCAAUCUGUGGUUAGAGAAGAGUGGACUUCUGAGGUGUUUGAUCUUGAGCUCCUAAGGUAUCAGAAUGUUGAAGAGGAGAUGGUUCAGUUGCUUCAACUUGCUGUUGAUUGUGCAGCACAAUACCCUGAUAAGCGACCAUCGAUGUCAGAUGUCGUACGAAGCAUUCAAGAAUUACGUCGAUCUAGCUUGAAAGAGGAGCAAGACCAAAUCCAACAUGACAACAAUGAUAUAGAAUUGUAGUAAGUUAAGAUGGUGGUACAUCACUAUCUUCUCAUUCGGCUUGUCUGCUCCACCUACAUGCUGGACUUUGCUACAUCAGAGUCACAUCACAUUCCAAUUUUUUUCUUUUUUAAAUUGUUAAAAAUUAAAAUCUUGUGCUUAUGUUUGUAUUUUAUAUCUUGAGCCUCAAAUUUGUUUGCUCUUUGAAUUUCUUCUUCAUUUCUCUGCCAUCUUCCCUCUUUUUCCUUUUUCUUUUUUCAAUUAGUACUUUGGGGGAAGUGGAUGGAUAUCUGUUCCAUUCCAUUAUUAGUUAUUGUUGUUGGAUUAUGGUUGAUGUAAUUAUUACUUUUGCUUUACCAUGGCUUUUGCUUUUUGUUGAAAACCUGUAUUCCAAUUGAGAUACUAUUAAAGUUGCUGUCA